UAUGCGUGUGUGUGUGUAUGUGAGCGUGAGCGCACGUCCGUGUACGUUGUGCGUCCGGCGGAGAGACUGCAGAAGCAGGAGAGAGUCUCAACAUGCUCCCUCUCUGCGCCACUUUGCCCUCUGUCUCUCUGUACUCUCUCCACCUGGGACACAGGCAUCUGGCGUUGUGACAUGUGAAGAGGCCUAAAGUAUGGCAUGGAAACAUGUUUUCUUUCAAGCAGAAGGAGACGGUGACAGCGAUGCAACCCGCGUUUAUUCGGACCCUUUUCUACUUUUUCUGUUUCGCGACUUGUGCAAAGAAAAUCUCUGGACAGACAAGGAUGGAUGAGAGGAUUUAUCCUGAGAAUUUUACUUUCAUUUUAGACAGACUUCUUGACGGUUACGACAACAGGCUACGACCUGGUUUCGGAGGUGCUGUGACAGAGGUGAAGACCGAUAUUUAUGUGACUAGUUUUGGGCCUGUCUCAGAUGUUGAAAUGGAAUACACGAUGGACGUGUUCUUUCGACAGACGUGGGUGGACAGGCGGUUAAUGUAUGAGGGGCCAAUAGAGAUUCUGAGACUGAACAACCUGAUGGUGACGAAAGUGUGGACACCAGACACCUUCUUCAGGAAUGGCAAGAAGUCAGUCGCUCACAACAUGACAGCCCCAAACAAGCUGUUUCGCAUCAUGAAGAAUGGCACCAUUCUGUACACCAUGAGGUUGACUAUAAAUGCCGAAUGUCCAAUGAAGCUCGUGGACUUCCCAAUGGAUGGACAUGCGUGCCCUCUCAAGUUUGGAAGCUAUGCCUAUCCCAUGACAGAGAUGAUCUAUACUUGGACCAAAGGGCCCAAACAUUCAGUGGAGAUCCCUCCUGAGUCCUCCAGCCUUGUUCAGUAUGACCUCACCGGUCAGACUGUCUCCAGUGAAACCAUUAAAUCCAUCACAGGUGAAUAUGUGGUGAUGACGGUCUUCUUCCACUUGAAACGUAAAAUGGGCUACUUCAUGAUUCAGACGUAUAUCCCCUGCAUAAUGACAGUAAUCCUUUCCCAAGUGUCCUUCUGGAUAAAUAAAGAAUCAGUCCCGGCACGCACAGUCUUUGGCAUCACGACAGUCCUGACUAUGACGACACUCAGUAUCAGUGCUCGACACUCUCUUCCUAAGGUCUCAUAUGCCACUGCUAUGGACUGGUUCAUCGCCGUCUGCUUUGCCUUCGUCUUCUCUGCCCUAAUUGAGUUUGCAGCCGUCAACUACUUCACCAAUGCACAGAUUGAGUGGACGAAAACAAGGCAAGCCAAAUGUCCCCCGGGGCCCCACUCCACGCCUGUCAAGGUCAAGGACAUGGAGGACGUGCUGCAGCAGAAUACUGACACCAACGGUAAUCUGAGAAAGCGGAUGAAUUAUAGUAACCAAGAAGCCAACUGUCAACCGAAGGCUCAGUCCAUCACCAACAUUUCUGGAGUGGGAAGAGCAAGACCCCUGCAACCUUUAAUCAGUGGAGACAACGGCAGAUCCUACACCCUCUUCUGCUCCAGCCCCAAAUCAGAGAGCCUGCUCAGUCUGGCCUCUUUGUCUGCCCAGUUGGUGAAGAAUCCGCCCCAAAGUGCAGCUUCCAUGGCAGAAAUGAUGGCGGGGACACCGUGCAAGCAGAACACCUGUUCCUCCUCUUUGCAGCAUCUGCUUGGGCCUAAGCUGGAGCGCGUCCAGAUGAUGGGGAACAAACUGGAGCUUAAGCAGACGCCUUGUUCCCAGCCGACCACUGCUGGUACAGGCGGAACCAGCAAAAUAGACAAGUAUGCUCGGAUCCUGUUCCCAGUGUCCUUUGGGGCUUUUAAUAUGGUCUACUGGGUAGUUUACUUAUCAAAGGAUACAGCGGUUGCUAAUGAUGGCUAGAUUUCUCAGGAAACAGAAGUAAAGACUUGUUUAAAGUAACAGAUGGGGAGAAAAUAGAUGUUGUGGAAGUUGCAAACACUAUUGUUCUUGCCAACCAGAUGAAGAAAUUGUCCUCUCUGAGCAUUCCAUAUUCUGGAAGAUAUAUGCAGAUUUUUUUUUCCUUAAGGUUCUCAAGCAGCAAGUAUUGGAACAAAUUAACCAAGCUAGAAACAAAUGUAAAGGUUUCAUUAGAUUUAACUGCCUCGUGAUCCCUUUUGGCCUGUGGUCAUGAUAAAGCAUAGGAUUUUGUCUUUUCCUUUUUUUGUACCCUGCACCUGACAAGAUGUUCAGAUGUGUUCCACUUUCCUGAAAUAAGCCAACGCUAUGUAAAUAUAUACAUUUAUUAGGAUAAACAUUUAUAUUUAAUGAUUACACUGUACUUCAAUCUGAUUAUUGAGUCUUGUUGCUUUGGAGAUCAGGUGAUGCAAAAUUAAAUUA